AUGUCGUCUUCUAAAAAGCGAAAGAUUUCUUCGAAAACGUUGAAAGAGAAGUAUGAAGCGAUAAAGAAACUCGAAAGUGGAUGUGCAAACAAAAACGUAGCCACAGAUUACGAUGUUUCCCCUAGUACUCUGUCAACAUGGCUUAAAAGCAAGGAUAAAAUCGUGAAGGCUUUUGAAGGAGGAACCAGCUCAAAGACGCAGAAAUUAAAGCCAUGUGGAAAUGAAAACCUAGAACAGUCUUUGUAUACAUGGUUUGUUCAGAUGAGGCGGCAAGGUGUACCCGUUAGUGGCCUGGUACUGAGGGAGAAGGCACUCAGUUAUGCUAAAGAGAUGUACAUUAAGGAUUUCAUUGCUUCCAACGGCUGGUUCAAUGGAUGGAAGAGUCGCCAUGGGGUUGCUUUUAAGGCAAUUGCAGGCGAAGCGCAGUCGUGCACCUUAGAGAUGACAGCUUCUUGGAAAGAAUCCACCCUUCCAACGCUUCUCUCAAAUUAUGCCCUUCGUGACAUAUUCAACGCUGAUGAGUUUGGCCUAUUUUACAAAGCCUUACCAGACAAAUCGAUGCAUCUGAAAUCUGAAGAUUGUGUUGGAGAGAAAUGCAGUAAAGUAUGCCUAACUGGACUUGCAGCUGCUAGUGCCACAGGAGAGAAGCUACCCAUGUUCGUUAUAGGCAAGUCAAAGAAACCAAGGUGUUUCAAUGGAUAUGAAAUCUCCCCUGCAGGUACCAGGCACAGAACAAAAGCUGGAUGGACAGCCAACUUUUUGAGGAUUGGGGCAUGGAACAAAGUAACGCCUGAAACAAUCAAGAAUUGCUUCAAAAAGGCAGGUAUUUGCAGUGAGGCACAGACAAUUGCCAUUAAUGAUCAGGACAACCCCUUUGCAGUCCUAAGUGAGGAAAUACAGUCUUUAAGAGAAGCCUAUCCUGAAGCUGUACCCGCGAAUGUUAACGCAGACGAUGUAAUCGGCAUCGAUGACGCCAUAUCCACCUCGGAGUCAGGUUCAUUGACAGACGAAGAGAUUCUGGCAGAAUUCAGUAGUGAUUAG